AUUUGAUGGGCCAAGCAACUCAUCCGUUCCUCUCUUUCCUGCGCAAAGAGGCAAAGAGGCGAAAGACCAACCUUGCUGCACCGCUACUCAUCCCUUCUUCUCCGACGAGAUCGACCGUUCAUCUCCGAUCCAGCUCGCGGCGGCCAUGGCAAAAGAGAGGAUGCCAAAGAAGAGGUGACGAUGGUGGUUGCAGAGGUGGCGGCGUGCGGUGGAAGAGCCAACGGUGGUUGGUGGUUGAAGAGCCGUUGGCGACGAUGGUAGUUGUAGAGGCGGCGAACGAUGGUGGAAUUGAAGAGCCACCAGUGACAGUGACAGGUGUGGAGGCCGGUGGUGGAAGAGUCGCCUCCUGCCAGCGACAGGGAGGAUGGAUACGGAUGAGAUGACGGGUGGUAGAAAAGUUUCAUUUAAAAGAAAUGUUGUCUUCCGUGUCUUGUACAGAGUAUUCAUUUGUACAGAGUAUUCAUUUGCUUUAAAUAAAAGAAAUCACAUGUUUCAUUAAGGGUAAAUCUGUCAUAUUUUAUGUUUUAGCUCCUACCGAACUCCUAGGUCCUAUUUUUGCAUUUUUCUAAUGUUUUACUCUUAGUUAGCUAAUUACCCCAAAAUAAUUCAGGAGGCUCGUACUAUAACUUAUUUUUGAGAUUUUGGAGUUAAAUGUGAUAUUAUGGCAUCAUCAC